AAAUAGCCGGUCUCCCUCCGCAGCUGAGAGCCCGCCGCCAGCACCACUGCCCACUGGCCACAGCCCACACGCCACUCUGCAGCCCUCCUGCCCUUGUGCCUGGACCCAGCGGUGAGAGGCUCGUACCCCAGCUCUGCUGCCAGCUGAAGCAUGAAUGGCCUGGAGGCGGCUUCCCCAGGUCUGACCACCAACUCCUCCCUGGCCACUGCAGAGCAAUGUGGCCAGGAGACGCCACUCGAGAAUGUUCUCUUCGCCUCCUUCUACCUUCUGGACUUCAUCCUGGCUUUUGUUGGCAACACCCUGGCACUGUGGCUUUUCAUCCGGGACCACAAGUCAGGUACCCCCGCCAACGUAUUCUUGAUGCACCUGGCUGUAGCCGACUUGUCCUGUGUGCUGGUCCUGCCCACCCGCCUUGUCUACCACUUCUCUGGGAGCCACUGGCCAUUUGGGGAAAUCCCGUGCCGCCUCACCGGCUUCCUCUUCUACCUCAACAUGUACGCCAGCAUCUACUUCCUCACCUGCAUCAGCGCUGACCGCUUCCUGGCCAUCGUGCACCCCGUCAAGUCCCUCAAGCUCCGCAGGCCCCUCUACGCACACCUGGCCUGCGCCUUCCUCUGGGUGGUGGUGGCUGUGGCCAUGGCCCCGCUGUUGGUGAGCCCACAGACCGUGCAGACCAACCACACAAUCAUCUGCCUGCAGCUGUACCGGGAGAAGGCCUCCCAGCACGCCCUUGCAUCCCUAGCUGUGGCCUUCACCUUCCCGUUUGUCACCACCGUCACCUGCUACCUGCUAAUCAUCCGCAGCCUGCGGCAGGGCCCCCGCGUGGAGCAGCGCCUCAAGAACAAGGCGGUGCGCAUGAUCGCCGUGGUGCUGGCCAUCUUCCUGGUCUGCUUCGUGCCCUACCACGUGCACCGCUCUGUCUACCUGCUGCGCUACCAUGGCGGUGGCACCUCGUGUGCUGCCCAGCGUGCCCUGGCCCUUGGGAACCGCAUCACCUCCUGCCUCACCAGCCUCAAUGGGGCACUGGAUCCAGUCAUGUACUUCUUUGUGGCCGAGAAGUUCCGUGACGCCCUGUGCAACUUGAUCUGUGGCAAAAGGCUCUCCGGGCCACCCCCCAGCUUUGAAGGAAAAACCAACGAAAGCUCGCUGAGUGCCAGGUCAGAGCUGUGAGCCCCAGGAUGCCAAGCCUGGGCCCAGCCGCAGGGUGUCCUCUGAGGGACUCCCGCAUCCGGGCACAAGCCACUCAGACUCAUGAAGGAGAGGGCCACCUUCUCCUCAGCUGGUCAUUGCCACUCUCUCCAAGGGCAAAACUUGGCACCCGGCACCAGUGCUGUCUUAUCUGAUAUGCAAAACCCUAAAAGGGGACAGCCCUGGCAGGACCAGUGGGCCACCCCCUGUAGCAGAGACCACGCUGACCCUGCUCACUUACAGACUAGAUACUCAAUGACUUCAGCCCAUGGCGAGGAGGCCAGAGGAACAGCUCCUGAACAACGAGCACCUUUCUUUCCCAAGGGCUGCUUGCUGGACUGCCAGCCUCCUUCCCACAAGAAACAGCAGCAAAGCUCUACAGAGAGCACAGAAGGCAGCUAUGAGGGACUCAGGAGAAGGGGGUGCAGGAUUCCGGGGGGAGGGGGAAGGAGGGUUGCGUAGAUGUUUCCUUUGAAGCGCACUGUGCUUUGAGUUCCCUGGGUGUCAUCUUUGCCAGGUGACCCCUAUGUUUUGGGGACAGGGACUGUAACUCAUAACUGAGUUUUGUGAGUACAUUUCAGGCUGGCCACCAGGUGACACCCAACAAAUGUGGCCUGUGGGACCACCACACUCCUAACCCCUCCAUGAACUGGCACGCAGACCUGCGCAUGUCCUGCCGAGCCCAGAGGCCCAAUCCCCCUCGGGUCCUGGGCGAGCACACGGCCUGGGUAGACAGUCACGGAGUGAGGACACCACGAGCAGGGAGCCGGCGCCUGGCACCAACCUUGGCCCCAUCUAAUGCAGAUCAGCAGGGGCGUCCUUAGCCCUGCUCCCCGCCAAGGGGCUCAACCGGCCUCAGUGGGCUAGCCUGGAAGCCAUUUCCUCUGGAACACAGAGGACCUCGAGGGUCCCUACUUGUGCUGAUCACACCGAUCGUAAACAUCAGUGUGCCUUAAGAGUCUGAAGAUUACUGGGCUGAGUCAACAUAAGUCAUUCCCAGAACUCCUCCCUAUGACCCAAGAGUGGCAAAGCAGAACCGAAUGAAGGAGGGGCCAGGCAGCACAUGCUUCUCUGCCCCUGGUUCUGAAAGCCCCACAGGCCCGGCCCACGUGGAUGCUGGGGUUCUGCAUCAUGGGCUUCAUAGAGCUGGCCUGGCCCAGAGGGUCUGAAGGGGGCCACACUUCCUUUCUAGCAGGACUCUACUUCCCUGAGGAAGCCCGCCUCUCGGGGCCUCCACAGCCUGUCCUGCAGCACAGGGCUCAGUGUGCACUUAGCUUAGGAGAAAGGACUUGCUCAGGUCCACACCUGGCAGGCAGGGGAUCCUGGAUCAGCACAAACCCCUGUGACACUCCCUGCAGACACCAACACUGACACCAGACAACAUGGGCCGGCAAACGGGGGACUUCGCUACAGGCGGCCCCAGAGCCAGCAGUGCAGCUGCAGUGGGGGACAAAUACUCA